UAAAAUAUCUUUUAAGCUUUGCUUAAAAGUUCUUUCAGUAAGAAUUGAAACUUGUUGGAAAAAUGUGGCCUCCCAACCAUAAUCACAUAGAACUGGAGCUUGUUUUAUGUCGUUAUUAUUAUCGUGUUUCCUACGAGAAUACUUUUCGAUUUCUUUUUCUCCUGUUGGAUCAUCACGAACUUGGUUCGCGUAUGAAUGAAUUAAUUUUUGUUUACUCGCAUCAUCAUUCAAGAGCUCCACUAUUAACAUAUUUGUAGG